UUCUCGAUAAACUUUGACCGCCGCUUGCUUAGGAUCACCGACGAGCACCGGACCGGGCAGGGAUAACACAGAACCGGGCCCCCGGUUUGACAAGUCGCCCCGUGUCCGUUUUGCCGGUUCGCCUGUUGCUGGGCGAGAGCUUCAGGUGCGGACACCUGGAACGUGUUGCUAUGAAGCGUCCCUGCAACCAAUCAGCCCUGUCGAGCUCUGAGGCGGACCGGUCCGACUUGCCCACGGACGGCGGGGACUGCGGCCAGGCGGCGGUGGCGGACAGGCGGCCGCCUUUGGGGGGCGCUCACAGGCCCAAGAGGGAACGCAAACAGCGCAGCUACACCAUGUGCGACAUUUGCAACAUCCAGCUCAACUCGGCGGCGCAGGCUCAGAUUCACUACAAUGGCAAGUCGCACCAGAAGAGGCUCAAGAAGAACUGUCAUGCAGGCAAGGCGGCAAACAGCAAAGGUACGUCGGGGCAGGGCGGGCCGCUUCUGGCCUCGCUGCCCGUGGCGCGACAGCCGCUGCAGCCUCAGCUGGACCUCAAGCACCUGCUGCCGUUCCGGCUCAACGGGUCCUCGCCUCUCAGCCUCUUCCCCAACUUCAACACGAUGGACCCCGUGCAGAAGGCAGUGAUCAAUCACACCUUUGGCGUCCCGCAGCCCUUCAAGAAGAAGCAGAUCAUCUCCUGCAACAUUUGCCACCUGCGCUUUAACUCCACGAACCAGGCGGAGGCUCACUACAAGGGCCACAAGCACGCACGCAAGCUCAAAGCCAUCGAGGCUCAGAAGAACAGACAGCGGCGGGCCGGCCAGGCCUCGUCCGGCGGGAGGGUGCGGGACAGAGAGCGGGACAAGACUAAGACGUCGGAGGUGGUGGCGCCGCCUUCUGUCGUGGACUCCAGCUCAGAGGAAGCAACAAGACUUCAGUCAGACCUGGAAGCGUCCGCCCUGGACGUCAAGAUGGCGGAGAGUCCCAGGAGCUCAGUCAUGCUGACGCCGGUGUCUGACGUGUCGGCCAGUGAGCUGGCGGCGCUCUCCCCGCCGCAGAUCUCGCUGUCCUCGCGGCUGUCUGAGACGGCUUCUGACUCCGGCAACCCGGAGGCAUCGGAUGUCGCCGAAGUCGUGGAGGUCGGGGACUUGGGCGGCCGGGCGGACAAGUCCGAUGCCGGCGUGGAGGUGCAGGCGGAUGAGGACGGCAAAAAGAGCAAAGCACACCUCCAUUGUCCUGUCUGCAAAGUGACGAUGAACUCCACAUCCCAGCUAGAAGCCCACAACAGCGGUACGAAGCACAAGCUGAUGCUGGAGGGUCAGAGCGUGCUGCCCCGCCGCCGUGGCAAGAUGGCGGCGGCUCGUGCCAACUGUAAGAGCAAGAGGCUGGCUAGCAAAGGCAGCCUGGGCGUGUCCAGCAAGAGCUUUCAGUGCGAAUUGUGCGAGAUCUUUGUCAACUCAGAGAUGCAACUCAGCCAGCACAUGAACAGCAGACGGCACAAGGAUCGAGUGGCUGGAAAACCUCCCAAGCCCAAAUUUACCCCACACAGCAAGAGCCAGCAGACCAGCUUAGCAAGGAUGCGAUGGAGCGGCUGUGCAGGCGCGGCUGUGUCGGCCAUGAAGAAAGCUUUGGGCCAGUACAGGCUCACCUCAAUCUCCUCGCAGACCAAACUGGCCUUGCAGAAGCAGCUGACCAAGAGCUUCACUGCAGGCUUCCUGCCCGGCCCCCUCACGCCGCCCACCCUGUGCACGGUGGCCGCCAACCCGCUGGCGCUGCGCCACCCGUUGGGCGCCGCCUCCGCCGCCUUCAUGCAGACACCCUUCCUGGGGCCUGCGUUUUUCCGGCCCGCGCCGGGGCCUCUGCGGGCCGCGCACACGCCCAUCAUCUUCUCCCCAUACUAAUGCCCCCCUAGGUGUCCCCCCUCUCUGUGUGACCAAACUAUGCAGUCAGCCUGACUUAAGGAAAGAAUGGCAGGACCCCCCCCAACACGCCUUCUUCCCGUUCCAGUAGUCACCAGUGAGGGAGCGGAGGCCGCAUUGAUAGCCAUUACAUGGGUGAGGGGUGCUCGGGGGACAUUACGGCUGUUACCGUGUCGUUUCGUAGACCAGUCUAGCUGUACGUUUAAGGUAAUCUCCCUUUACUUCAGCGCUUUCCAAAGUGUGAGCCAGAGAACCUCAGGAGCUUGACAAAAAAAAAACUAAGAAAAUGUAGAUUCAGCUAUGACUAUCUGGACAAAAGUAUUUCUUAAGCAAGGAUUUCUAAGUAGCAGGUGUGGCCACUUGAGAAAAAUGAGGGGAAAACAGCAACCUUUUUAAAAAUAUGCUACGCUAACCAGUUAGCAUUUAGUUACUUCAGCAGCUUGACAAAAACAAAGAACAUGUAAAUUCAGCUAUGUUGACAAAAGUAUUAGACAGAUGGGGGACUGCAGCAGCUUGAGAAAAACAGCAAAUUUUUUUAAAUGUUAACUUCAGCUUGAACUACUUAGACAAAAGUAUCUGUGAGGCAGAGGAAAAGGGAGAAAAAAAACGUUUCAUUUCUGAAAGGGAGAAAAAAAACGUUUCAUUUCUGCUAAGCUAACUUCAGCUACAACGCCAUACGCACUGUGAGUCACAAGAAUUCAAAGUAGGUGGAGACGCAGGUUGAAAUAAAAGGAUUCUUCUUUUUUAAAUGUUAUAAGCUAACUUUAGCCGCUUUGACGCUAUUGACAGUAAGUAUUUGUGAGGCAGAGGAACCCAAUGGAAGAGGAACAGCAGCUUAAUAAAAAUACUGAAAAAACAAGCUUUGCUUUAAAUGAGCUAAGAUAACUUCAGCUACAGAAGUUUUUGUGAGGCAAGGGACUUCAGCAUCUUGAGAAAAAUCAAGAAGAAGCAUUGAUUUAUUUUUAAAUGUGCUAAGCUAACUUCAGCUACAACUACUUGGACAAAAGUGUCAGUAAGGGAGAACACUUCAAAAGCAAGAUGUCAGGACAGGUUGAGGAAAAAUAAAGGAAAACAGAUUUUUCUUUUUAAAUGGACUAACUUCUGCUAGAACUACAUGGGCGAAAGGAAAUCAGGUAAAGGACUUCAGCAUCUUAAGGAAAAAGCAUUUAUUUAUUUCAGAUUUGCUAAGCUAACCAGCUAUAUGGAGUUAAAGGGGCAUGGGAUGGCAGCUUGAGAAAAAUAGACAUUUUUAAUGAUAUAAUGUUUUUUUUUAAUGUGCAAACGUAACUUUAGCUACAACUAUGUGGACAAAAAUAUAUGUGAGGCAGAAAGAGUAGCUUGGAUAAAAAUAAAGAAAAUCCUUUGUUUUUCAAAAUGUGCUAAGCUAACUGCAGCUUAGCUAACUUUAGCUAAGCUAACUUCAGCCACAACUACAUGGAGAAACCUGUGAGGAGUGUGGCGUUAGUAGCUUAAUUAAAAUAAAGAAAAAUGUAUGUGUUUUAAAUAUACUAAGCUACCUUGAGCUAAGCUAAUUUCAGUUACAACUACAACCUGCUAUUUGCAGGGGACAGGGCCCUGUGAGCAAUUGCCGCCCCUCCACAAAAAUUUUGAAUUGCCACAAGAUGGCAACAAAGCACUACUUUUGUGUUAGUAAGGGCAAUAAGCCUGUCUAAUAGACGCUCCUCACCACAACAUACUCUGGUUGGCACCAAGAAGGUGCCAAAGUACUACUUUUAUAUGAGACAGGGAUUUGGCCUGAGCACAAAAGUUUUACAGGGACUAACGAAUGCAUAGGUGACAAAAAACAGUGUGCCAAUAGGUGAGUGUGCAAAUGGCGAAUAACAAACGUGGGGAACUGUAAACAAAAAAGUACGUAUUUGUGAGACAGGAUUUCAAAGGAGAAGGCAUGGCAGCUUGAGAACAUUUCCCGAACAAAGGACGUUUUUUUAUUUUUUAUUAUUUUUACAUGCUAAGCUAAUUCAUCGGCAAAACGGCUCGUUUUUUAGCUCCUGUGUUUUGUUGAUGGGUUUUUUUUCUCGGAGGAGGCUCACUGUCCCACACUUUGAAAAGUCCUGCUUCACCUGAUGCCCUUUUUUUAAAAUGUCUUACCGAGACAUUCAUAGGUCCACAAGUUGAUACCCCACGUGUCCAUUUGGCACCACCCGAACCACCAGAACACUUCACACGUUGACAAACGGACAACCGACGAAGAGGAGGAGGAGGGUUUGACUGACAGCCGCUGCACAGUGUGUGGGAGGGAACAAAAGCACAGUGUAACCAUAGCAACCACCAAAAAAAAAAGCACCUUAAAAUUGCUUCGUACACACCAACAAACAAAUCAGGUGAUCGCAAAGGUUGACAUUUAUAAGCAAUAGCUUCCAGUUUCCUCACGCCAUGCAGAUCUGUCCGUCAAUCACGAGGCGGGGACUCCUCCUCUCAGUGAUGGACUGAAGCACGUCCUAUGCAUUUCUCUCUCAUUGUGCAAUAUGUAUAGUUGUGUGUGUGUGUGUGUGUGUGUGUGCGUUUGCGUCAUCUGUCGUGACAAAGCCAGUCUCCGCCAUCUCCCGCCUCUCCGUAACAAAAGCAGCCAGCCUCUCUCUGUCUUGUGGAGG